AUGGAUUCAUUCUUACAAAUUGCGAGGGCACAACUUUUGGGAGGUCCCAUUCCGAGGAAAUAUGUCUUGGAGUUGGCGAAAGUUAUUGAUGCAAGAAGUAUAGCAAGUGCUGGGUUUAAUAUGUCUUCAUCUGUUGCUGAUAUUAUGGAGGGCAAUAGGUGGAAAUGGCCUCCAAGUUGGAACGAUUAUGUUCCUAAGUUAGAAUCCCCGUCUCUAACUAGUUCAUCAGAUUCUUUAUUCUGGAGAGAUCGAGAUGACGUGUUUCAUAAUUUCUCAGUUAGCUUGGCUUGGGAAGAUCUUCGCUCAAGAGCUGAUCGGGUGAGCUGGUCUAACAUUGUUUGGUUUGCAGGUCAAAUACCGAAGCAUGCGUUUAUCUUAUGGCUUGUGUUCAUGAAGAAGCUCAAGACACAAGAUCGGAUGCAGAAUUGGGACAUUCAAGGAAGGGAUCCUAAUGAACUCAAAUGCCUACUUUGUAAUACUCAACAGGAUUCCCAUGGUCAUCUAUUUUUUGAUUGCCCGUAUUUUUUCCCAGGUUUGGAGUAUUGUGAAAAUGAAGGCUAA